GUGUGAAGAUGAGCGCAGACUGUAGCGCGGAGCCGCAAUGGAGGAGAGUCCACUCGGUGACCGGGGUGGUGCCGCGGGCCAGACACGGACACCGAGCCGCCGCCAUACGGGAGCUCAUCAUCGUGUUCGGCGGGGGAAACGAGGGGAUCUCCGAGGACCUCCAUGUUUACAACACGGUCUCCAAGCAGUGGUUCCUCCCCGCUGUGAGAGGGGACAUCCCCCCUGGCUGUGCUGCCCACGGCUUCGUCUGCGAGGGCACUCGAAUACUGGUGUUUGGCGGCAUGGUGGAAUUCGGCAAAUACAGUAGCAGCCUCUAUGAACUUCAGGCCAGUCGCUGGCUGUGGAAGAAGCUGAAGCCCAAAGCCCCCAGGAAUGGCUUGCCUCCCUGCGCUCGGAUUGGACACAGCCUUACUCUUGUGGGUAAUAAGUGCUACCUGUUUGGGGGCCUGGCCAAUGACAGUGAAGACCCCAAUGGCAACGUACCAAGGUACAUGGGUGACCUUUAUGAGCUGGAGCUGCAGGCGGCAUCAGGUGUGCGAGGCUGGAGCAUCCCAGAAACAAAAGGUGGUGGUCCUUCAGCACGGGAGUCUCACAGCGCAGUGGCUUACGUUGGCCUCAGCUCGCCGAAGCUCUACAUCUUCGGAGGAAUGCAAGGAUGUCGGUUAGACGACCUCUGGCAGCUUGACCUUGACACAAUGGUUUGGUCAAUGCCCAAAACAAAGGGUUCCAUGCCACUUCCCAGAAGCCUUCACUCUGCCAGUGUAAUCGAAAACAAGAUGUACGUGUUUGGAGGCUGGAUUCCUGUUCCGGAGCCGGACAAACCCACCGCUUCAGAAACCAAAUGGAUCUGCACCAACUCUUUAAGUGUGCUCAACUUGGAGACGAUGAACUGGCAGAACAUCGGACCAGAGGAGCAGGAAGAAAUCGAGUCCCAGCUGCAGAGUCAGGGACCUCAGAGUGACGACACGUAUGCUUGUAGGCCCAGAGCCAGGGCCGGCCACUGUGCCACCGCCGUCGGAUCCAGGCUUUACAUUUGGAGCGGACGUGACGGAUACCGUAAGAGCUGGAACUACCAGGUCUGCUGCAAGGAUCUCUGGUACCUGGAGACUGAACGACCAGCCACCCCAGAAGCAGUGUUACUUGUCAAAUCCACCAUCAGCAUGCUCCAUGUGGCAUGGCGCCCCCUGUCUGCAGCAGACUGCUACAUCCUUCAGAUGCAACCUGUGUGUCCUAACACUGCGGCCAGCAGUUUGAGUGACAAACCAGUGGAACCCACACCAACAGGUGAACAAGAGGGGAAGAACAAAGAUCCUGAAGGAGUCCAGUCUCUUAAAACUGAAACUGAAGGAACCACAAACGGACAAGAGAAGGCUUCAAGUCAGGAUGCUUCAGUGCAGCAGGAAACUGUGGUGAAAUCAUCCGGUGGCUCAGCACAGACACCAACACCAGGAGGGAAGAGUGAUGCGGGGAGAGGCGCAGACAUUUCAGACACAAAGAGCGGCUCAGCUGCUGGACAAGAGACAUCUGCAACAGAGGUCCGCAGCUCAGCUCAGCCCCUGUCAGACACACCUGUUUCUACUGAUAGGACUUCUGAUUUCUUCGCCCAUGCAGAUCAGACUACAGAAGAAGCGGCAUGGUUUGAUGUUGGUGUGUUUAAAACACUGUUCUCUGAGGUCAACCACUACUUUCUACCCGACGAUGGUAACCAGGUGACUGCAGCUGUCAGCAGCCGGCCUCCGAACACUAAAGAGGCUUUCCUACAGAGGAAGCAGCCGGGGCCUCAGGACUACCAAGGCAGAGAGAAGCAGGAGCUCACUCCAGGUCAGACCUACAGGUUCAGAGUUGCAGGCAUCAACUGCUUUGGUCUAGGAGAUUUCAGCCCAGUCAGUGAGUUCAAGACCUGUCAACCUGGUUUCCCUGGAGCGCCCUCUGCUGUCAAGAUCACCAAGGCUAAUGAUUCAGUCCACAUCACGUGGGAGUCUCCGUCCUCUCCGUCGGGCCGCAUCCUGGAGUAUUCCAUGUACAUGGCUGUGAGGAAAAGCCGCUCCACCUCCUCGGAGCGCCCGGGUCAGUUGGCUUUCAUCAGGAUCUACAGGGGCACCAAGACCUCCUGCUCCAUCAACUCAUCCCAGCUGGUCAACGCUCACAUUGACUGCUCAGCCUCAAACCGUCCAGCUGUCGUCUUCCGCAUCGCUGCCAAGAACGAGCAGGGCUACGGCCCGGCAACGCAGAUCCGCUGGAUCCAAGAUCCCAUUAAAUUGCGACCAUCUGCAUCCAAAGCAGACAUAGGUGCGGAGGCUGGCAGAGAUGCGGCCGACAGCUCCAGCUGAAAAAGUUAGAUCCUGUGAUGUUUGAAAAAUACGGCUCUCAGGAAGGUGGUCAUGGCACUCAGAUGUUAUAUGUCUUAGAUAGUUUUGUUAAUUUAUUUUUGUAUGUAUUUAAUUCGUCCCCUGUAAAUAUAUAUAUACACAUUCCCAGAAGCUUCACCUCUCGACUAUUUUACCUAACAACUGUUUUGUUAUGUUAUAAUGAUGUGAGUUGAACAAACACAAGUAUUUUUUUGUAUUGAUUAUUUAAAGCUCUGUUAACAUUGGAGGUGCCUUAUUUCCUGUUUCACCACACACUUACACGUCACGUUUGUGAAUAAAACACCAGUGGGGAGAGGUUUUCAGCACCAGUGCACACCAGUGUUUCGUAAGUGGGGACCACUUUUAAAAUCCUUAUCAAAACCAGCCAGGUUUGAUAAUGAAAUGUUGUUUUAUAAGCAGACGUUUUGGUUCAAGAUAUUUGUGAAUGUGUUUUUAAUUGUAAAUGACUGCAUCGCUGCAAAGGAUCUGUAUACACACAUCACAUAUCUGCAUUUCAUUUAUUGGUUUAUGAUUUGUGUCACAUUUUUUUUCCAUUAUUGUAAGAGUUUUUCUCAGGGUAAUAUAUCCUAAUAAUCUAGUAUCACUUUUGACUUCCAAAAUUUAAGCACAUCCUUUAUCUAAUUUGUGAUAUUAAAGCUAAUAACAAUUGAAAAACAGAGAAAACUUCCUGGAAGAGGUUGACUUGUCAUUUAAUGCACAGGCUUUGGUCAAGAAGUGUAAUUAUUCUCCUCCAUCCUGUCAGGACUUGGUGUUCCAGACCUAGAAAUACUUUUAGUAUAAGGGUUUUGCUCUAAAGUUAUGAAAUCAUAUGUACAGACCAAGACAACAAACAGAAAUACUAAAUAUAGGAGAAGGUAUACAAUGAAAACUUAUGUGAAUAUAUUACAAUAUACUAAAGCAAGUGAACAUGUAAAAUACAGUGUAUACAACAGAAGAUAUCUCAUUGUAAAUGAAGGUGUAAUAAGCUGAUAUGGUGGAAUAGGUGCAGGGCCAUUGACUUACAAAAAAGACUGUUGCACUACUUUCCUCCUAUAAAUUGUUAUGAAAAGAUGACAUGUUUGUGCUUUCAUCCAUUA